AUGUAUAUUCCACAGAAGCGAGAACUGUCAAUCAUCACGGAUCAUUGGAACAUGCCCUACGUUACCCUCGACGCCGCUGGAAUAGUCGCGCUUGCCGACUUGGACAUCAUUGCUCGACGUACUGCCUUGUCUGGGACUUCACGCUUCGCCGAUAUCCUCGUACUUUGCCCAGGUCUCCACACACAACAAUCGGCAAGCGGAUUGAAUCGCGGAGAGUUUCCAGCAUGUGCGGCGAUGACCACAGGCUAUGCCUUUCGAGUCGAGAACCCUGCGACUGUGGCAUUUCUUCAGAGCGUGGCACGAACAGGGCAGUUGACUACCGUCAAUGUCGAAUACGCCAAAAGCCAUUGCGAAGAAUGGACGACCAUCAGACUCUUUUGCAGGACUUUCCCUUAUGCUUUCUGCUGCAUCCUUACUGUGUCUACCCUCAUCGUGUUCGCUCUGCUCCGGGACUGGUGGGCGGUUACGUCCGUGAGCAUCUUGAUGUUCGCACGACUAUGCAAUGUGUUUGUCGUCAAGAAGCGUGUCGAAAGAGCUGGCGAGUGGAAAGGUGCUAGCGAGCCUGGUGUCAAAGGAGACUUGCUUGUCCUUCUGAGCCAGGACCGCUGGAUCAGGAUACAAGGCGCCGUCGAUGACCUCAAAGCGGUUACGUCUGGGCAAUGGCUAGCGGAGAUGACGCCACUUGAAAGCGCUGUUUCCGCUUUAGCAACAAUGCUCGUCUACUUGGACGCGGCAUUGACGAGCAAUGCCACGCAACUAGGCAAGAUUCUGCUCCUGGUUCUGUUGAUAGGCUCUGCUGGAUUUCUGGCCAUAGCCAACGAGCAGACCGAGGCUCUACAUAUGCACGGCCGCGUGUUGCAAGUUCAGAAAGAACGGAAGUCGUAUGAUCGAAGGCUGUCUAUGGCAAAAGAGCUCAUAGAUGUCUCAGGAAGAUCUGAUUGGGCUCUGAAACUCGGUCUGGUGAAUGAGAGUGACUGCGACGAGAAGUGUUCUAGUGCCAAUUCUUCUGUAAUCAUGUAG